AUGUCGACCCAUCCGUCGCCCUUCGCUUGCCCCGAGCCGGGCUGCUCCCAAACUUACAGCAAUAAAUCCCAUCUCACCCGGCAUCUGGCCAAGCAUCAGGCGCGGACAUAUCCAUGCCCUCACUGCGACACCACAUUUACCAGAAAGGAUUCCUUGCGCAAACACAUCCAACUACGACACCAAGACACGGAACUUCACCGAGCGCGCGCACCCGCCGCCUGCGUGCGGUGCAAAGGCCGCAAGACGCGAUGUGACGGGGCGAUGCCGUGCAGCUUCUGCUUGCAGCGAGGCUUCCGGUGCAAAUACGAGAUACGCAAUGCGGAAAAGAAAGGACUCCCGAGCGGGUCUUUGAUCCCGCCGAACCCCUCCAGCGAUUGUGGCCAGUGGUCCCGCGAUGUCUACCACCAUGUCGAAGUCUACUUCAAGCAUUUCCACCCCACCUGGCCCUUUCUCCACAAGGCCACCUUCAGCCCAGGGAGGGAAUUGCCUGUGCUUGUGCAGUCCGUUGUCAUGAUAGGGCUCUGGACGAGCGGAGAACAACAUGCGCGCGACGCCGCGAUAGAAAUGUACCUGAAGCUGAGACACUCCGUCAAGGGGCAAAGGGCUGUAUGGGACAUUUCCGAGGCAGAAGGAGGCUAUGACGGUACACCUUGGCCAAUAGGAACGUACCAGGGCAUUCUGCUGGGCGUCAUCUUCGCAUUGAUGGUCAACAAGCACGACCGAGCGCAUCAAAUUCCCAAUUUCAACCCCGAAGUUUUAAUCGCCUUGGUCAAGAGCUGUCUCAAACGGGGCAUGUUCAACCACCACAAAAUGCUCGCGCAGUACGACCAACCAGACCCGGACCCGUUCACCGCCCUCUACAUCUGGACCGGAGUUGAAGAGGCAAAGCGCUUCGCGCUGUCGCUGUACCAGGUCUGGCGAAUAUACCGGGACGACGCCAUGGAGGGGAAUGAUGACGAAGACCUGCUUCCGUACUCCCAGCUGCAGUUCCCAAUGCCGACCUGCGACUACAUGUGGGACGCGGAGUCGGAAGCGGACCUUGUCAGGCGCACAAAGGAAGAGUGUGAGAAGGGGAAUAGGCCGUGUGAGAGGGAGAAGGAAUGGAUUUGCGAUGGCCCUCCCUGUCCUUACCUCUUCAAGUGA